AUGCGCUGUCAGAGCUUGCGGAUCUCACCCUCGUUGACCGGGAACAACCACGACCACCACGCGAUCCCCACCCCCGCGCAGCGUGGCCAUUUGGCGCCCAGGGAGAGCUUCACCAUCUGGCAAUUACGCUCGACCUACCUCUCCACGAUCAAAGAUGGAAUUGGAGAUCGCUUGAUCAAUGUCAACAAUUCUGUCCUCAAUACUCCCGGAUUCCGCGCUGCCGGCUGGUCCACUGCAUCAACAAACAACGCCCACGUGAAACGCACCCACUCCCCUCCCAUUCCAACCACAGCUGCCGUCUCCUCGGAAUACUACCGGCUAGCUGUACGAGAUGCGAAUGCUGCAAGAAGCGAACUACAAGGCCUCGGCCUUGAGGACGGCGAGGACGAUGAGGGAGGCAUGGUGACUGGUAAAAGUCAUAUGGAUAUGAUAGGGCGACGCCAUCCUGGACGAAUUGGAAAGAAGAAGGGCAGGCGGGAUCGCCAUCCCGAGGCUCAGCGACAGGUCGAAGAAAUGGACGACGACAGCAGUGAUUUGAGUGAUGACAGCGACGAAGACGGGGAUAACAUGCAAAGGUGGGCCAUCUCGUUCCAAGCGGUGUGCGGCGACAUUCUGACAGGAUACAGUGCUGUCGACCAGAUCAAGUUUUCCAAGAUGCCCGUGCGGCGAGAUCGUGCUGGUUCCUCACCCAUCCGCUCGGCUGAACAGCGUGAACGACCGGAGGUUAUGAUAACCUCCCCCUCAACGCAAACGGUGACGGGCCAUUAUCGGACAGGAUCGCUAGGCACAACGAUGCCAAGUAAAGAGCAAAGGCCACGGAGAGACACCACUACAAGCAGUGAUUUGUCUACUGACAACGAGAUUGAAACACAUGGAUACAGGCCUGGACAGGUUCAAUUUUCCACCACAGAUCAAGUGGUCGAGCGUCCUCGGAGGCGACGCGAGAGAACAGGCAGUCGAGGAGCUGAUAGUAUCAUGCUCGAAGACCUGCAUGAGCAAGAUGAAGACUCAGGCGCCGAGUCCGUUGGAUCUGCUCUUUCCUCUGAAUUUGACGCCACCGCUGGUUCCGGGUCACUGCUCUUAACGGGGGUCGGCAUGACCGGCCCCUUGGAUUCAUCCUCACCAAUGGUCCUAAUGCACAAACUACCCAGUGGAACCGGACCAAGUGCCAAUGCGUCACCGCGAAAAUCCAAAACUCCAGGCCCAGAGUUCCAAGAACUCCCACCUCCACGGCCUAUCAGCACAAUCCAGCCAGUCAGCUUGUUGACGAAACAACUCAAGUCCCGUAAACGUGCACCGAGUAACCCAGUUGAGAAGUUUAUGGUUCUUAAUGGGCGAGGCCUGGACGAUCCACUCUAUCUGAAGAUCUACGCCCCAUUUUCAUCAGACCCCGAGGAGCCCAUGGACUUGCCUGUCAUACGAGAAUCUAAGCUUUCUUCGCAUCCUGCUCCGAUUACAGUCGCGGAGACGAUUGGCCUUGCUCUCUGGAAAUACUCUGAUGACUCGCGCGAGCCCUCUAUUGAUCGCAAAAAGUUGACUGUGAAUCGAUGGGCUCUUCGUAUGGUCGACGAUGGAGAGGUUGAGUACGACUUCCCAGCACUUAGCCGAAACCUCCCCAUGACGGACUUUACUUCAAACAACAACCAAGCAGCAAAAGCACGCGGACGCUCACGGGGCAAACCCUACGACGAAUUUGCCUUGGUGGAGGCCUCUAAGGCGGAGUUUGAAGAGAACGAACGAUUAUACCCCAAGUAUAGCCAAUACAUCGAGCCCGACGAAAUCGAUCAACAGAUGAACCUUGCCGUUCCAGCAGCCAUCCCCGCCCAGCCUGUUCCGGCAACUAAGACGAUUGGGGGCCGUGUGAAUCCCAUCCUGGGCCAGCCAUUCUCAUCUGCCCUCAACGAUAACACAUUGACUCCCGCAGAUCGGCCGGUAGUCCCAGUUUCCCACGCCACUCCUCGACUUGGUGUCUCCAAAACGCUGAAAAUCCGGUUCAUCAACCUGGAAGCUUCUGCUCAUGUCAUGACCAUGAAUACUUCCUCCGACAGUUACAUAGCAGAGAUUCUGGACUCUGUGUGCAAACGCUGGGGCCUGGACAAAGGAAAUUAUCUUCUCAAGGUGAUGGGAUCAAAUACGAUCGCACCUCUGGACCGUACCGUCGAGGCAUUAGGGAACAUCACUGAGCUGGACCUUGUUCGUCGCCGAUUUGGCGUGGGCCCUCUUGCCACGGGUGGCUCACCAGGCAGCUCUUCACCGAAUGCACCCUUGAUGGUGGAUAGUAAUAAUCCAGCAGCAGUCAAGAAGGGGAAGAAGAGCAACUUGCCCUCGUCCUCGCAGAAACAAGACCUCAUCGGUGGAUACUACCGCCGCUACCAUGUCUUCCGCAAGCAACCCAUGUCAUUCACCGCCACCAACCAUCGCAUUCUGACCUUUGACAACGACUAUAUGCAUAUCAUGCCCGGGGAAACUGGAAAGACCGUCUCUAACGCCAAAACGCGCUCGAUCAACUUCAACGAAGUGGUUGGCUCCAAAGUCAGCCGCAGACACCCGAAGAGUUUCCGGGUGGUUGUUCUCCGUGGCAACGAUGCUACGGAACAGAAGCGCUACGACUUUGAAGCGCGUAACGCGUUGGAGGCGAUUGAGAUUGUUGAUGAGAUUAAGAAGAACAUGCAGCAAUAUCGCACUUGA